AUGGCUUUUCCAAAUUUGGACAAAUGUCCAAGCGGUCCACCGAAGACUUCCAUCUUCUCGUCGGAUACGUCAAAAUUUUUCCACACCAGCAAACGAAACUCCUCUCUCAAACAAAAACAAGACCUCAACACUCCAAUUAACGACAAAAAAUCAUCGAUCAAAAAUUUCCAAAUCCCAGAAUUCUCCGUGAAACCGAACGAAUACACGAAAACGUCGCUGGACAGACCGAGUCCCCACGAUCGAGCCAAGAAGAAACAAUUCCUUCAUCAAAACUCUCUUGGCAGUCCGGUGUCGACUCAUCCACAGAAUGGAAUGUUGUUGGAGGAUAGUCUCGAUAGAAUCAAACAGGUAUCCGUCAGGGAAUCGAAUGAGAACCUAGCAUCGGAUACCGACGAUGUGUUUGUUAAAUAUUACAAGCAGUUGAAAUCUGCGAAUAAAACGUUCUCCACGUUCAGAGGACCACCUGUACACCCGCAGAAAUAUUUAAAAAAUGACAAGGUGAUGUUGCAACAGCAGCAGCAGCAGCAACUGCAACAACAACAGCAAGCACAACAACAACAACAAAAUGGGAAUACUGAAUUUUCUAAAUAUAAUAGAAUCCUGAAACAAGAUAGCAGAACCACCAAAAAGAUCAACAACAACAUCAGCAGCAGCAGUAGCAACAGAAGUAACCACAGAUGCAACGACAAUGAGGAAGACAGGAGGGAAAUGUCCGAAUACACUCCUCUAUCUUUUGACACAAAUUACGUUAAAGUCUCUCCACCGAAACUCACCAGACGCCAGAAAAAAUCAGCCGGAAGUGAGAGCGACACAUCCAAAGAUUCCAACGGCAAUGGCAAGCGGCAGUUGAACAAAAGCAAAGUUGACAGUCCGGGAGAGUCGUUUAAAAAAUUUACAGCCGCUAUCAACGACGGCGAUGAAGACGACGACGACGAUGAAGACGAUGAUGAGGCAACAUUUUCUGACCGACCGAGAUCGUCUAGUUCGGAUCCAGAUGGCGGUAACGCCUCUUCCGCUAGAAAUUCUGAUGUCUUUUCCGAAGCAAUUUGUCCCAAAACAUCUCUAACACCUACGGCGUCAGCUUCUUUUAAAGCUGAAACACCGACCAUAAAGUCGUCACUAGCAUUCUCAGAUCUCUACACAUUACCUCCCCCUCCUCCUAUUCCGUCAUCUUCGUCUUCAUCACUGUCUCCAAACGAAUCCAUUUCUAAGCAGCACUCACCCGGAAACGACGACGAUGAAGAGUUUCCUCCACCCCCCUAUUUACCGCAAGAACCAGGUUCCGACUACAUCAGUCUGGAAAAUGCUGAAAAAAGAGCUCUGUUGAGUCAGAGUAGUUCGGAUGAAAGCCCCCAAUCUACCGGUGAAAGAUCCAAAUAUUUGGCAACCAGCACGAUGAAAUGCGGUUCUUCAUCACCACCCCAGCAGGCAACAACGCCAAUCGUCGGCACGGUGCUACCGACCCAAGUUGUUUCAAAAUCUAAUCAAGAGAAAGAAAAAGUAUCAGAAGCUCCUAUAGGCUCCCAAAAAGUUGAAGACGAUUCCGUGGUUGAGUUCAAAUUCACUGUUCGUUUAGAAGGAAAUAAGAUGAACCCCAUGUUAACUGUUGAGAAACAGCAAUCGCAACAGCAGCAACAACAAUCGCAACAACAGCAACCACAACAACAGCAAACGCAGCAACAACAACAGUUACAACAACCACAAAAACAUCAACAGCAGAAACAACAUUACCCACCAGUGACGCCACAAAUGCUCCAAAACUUCGACAAGCCCUACCAACUUCGAGAGCAUCAGGCUUACGACAGCCCGAAAAGAAUUCUGAAUAAAGAUAACGCCUCGUUGAACUCAACCAUGAUUAGCAACAUCUGUCAGGCUGUGAACUCAAUGAGUAAGGAAAAAUUAAUUAAAAAUAGUAAGGUAGCAAUUAGCGACAGCAAAACGCAAGCGAUUACAUCAAACACAUCCCCGGAUAGCAAUACAAUUUCUGGAAAAUCGUUUCUCAAUUCCGUUUACGGCAUUGCUAAUUUGGAAAACAAUCGAAGUUAUAAAACGGAUGCAACAAAAAAUAACAAAGACGACAAAAAAUCUGCAACUAUAAUUAGCAACAAACCUCAACUAACCAGGAAAACAUCGUACGGAAACGAAGAAAAACAUGAGGUGGACAAUUUUGAUUCGAUAAGAUCGCUACAGAAAGCCGAUAAAAAGCAAACUCUAGCGGAUUUUGUCUCGAGUAAAAUAACGACAGUAGCUGUGGUACACCGCUCGGCAGACGACAUUUUAGCUGGCGAAAAAGAAAUUAUAUCUUCAGACGCUAAUUAUUCGUUGGAUCGAAAUAUUCCUAAAGCAAAAUCUAACAACAACAACAACAACAACACUGCCAUCAACAAUAAUAAUAACAACAACGGCUACGAGCCAAUUAAUGACCCUCGAAAUAAGACCAUGUUAGCAUGUAAUAAAUUUGCAAGACAGAAUAACUCAUUGAAGGCAGAAAUUUCGGCAAACAACAUCGACUUGUCGGACAAGACGCAUAUGAACUGGGACGAUUUAAUGGAGGAAGCCAAAACUUUUGGCAUUCCUCUGAAUAGGCCACUGCAUACGACGCUGGCAGCCACAACAUGCACUACAACGGCCACCGGUUGUCAAAAACAAGGAAAUAAAAUAUUGGAUAACAACGGAGAAAAAAGUAAAAUUAUUGACAACAGCAAUGCUGAUUGUAAGGCUAGGCCGGUGUCAACCGACUCUGCCGUCGGCACAUCUGUGUCGUCCAACGCGUCAGUAUCGGCUUUGACGCUACCGAAACACGGGGCUCCCACGCUCGCUAGUCACAAAGCUGCUCUGCAUCAACAACAACUUUCACAACAGCAACAACAGCAUUCAACAAAAAUGACAACAAUUACAACAACUAAUGAAAAUGAAAAGUGCUGCUGCUGUUGUUGCACUGGAUGUUGUGGCUAUGAAAAGCAAAAAUUUCAACACGGCAACAGCAAGGCAAAUUCCCACAACAUUACAUAUUGCAGUUGUCGUCUUGGUGACAACAAAAACAAACAAAAAUCGACCAGACAACAGCAACAAAUUUUGCAACAACAUCAGUUGCUGAAUAAAAAACCUUCCCAACAAUGCUGCUGUCAGCAGGCUACUCAAACAAAAAUUGAGAAAAAAUUCAGUUUUUUGAAAGAUCGCUUGAAAUUUUCGAAUUUUUUCUGCAAGCGGUUUUGCGGAAAAACUGUUGAAAAACAGCAAUCGACAAUAGUGAACAACUCAUUGCUCCUGUCUCAACACCAGCCGAGCCAGCAGCACCAGCAACUACACUACCACGCGUCGUCGAAGAGCGACUGCGGAAGAAGUUGCAACCAUCACCGCGUACACAACUUAGCAACCAACAACAACAACAACAUAACAACUCCCAACACUCGCAACAGUAUAAUCCACAACAGCAACAACCACGGCAACAAUCGCCACAACAGCAUCGAUUUCAUUGAGAUUGAGCCAAUAAUGAGUGACAGUGCUCUCAUUCCAAACAACCACAUCGCGUUGUCGUCAUCCAGAACGAGUGGGAAUCGAACCCAGCAACACCUGAACAACUUCUCAAGACCGACUCACCUAACUUCGAGUCCAUCUAUUGAGCGAUGCUGUGGCGUGAAAUCUGCGGAUCACGUAACGACCAAUCCGAGUGUUGGUGUGGGAGGAGACGGAAAUCCAUCUGGUCAGUUUGUUUUUGGUAUUUAUAUAGCGCAUAUUAUAUUUAAAAUAUAUUCAGAUAUUUAUAUAGCGCAUAUUUUAUUUAAAAUAUAUUCAGUUUGCAUGCAACUCUGUGUAAAGCACAGUUUUUUUAUACCCCUAAAUGCUAAAUUAGAAAUUCCUUUCUGUGGAAUAACCGGAAUACGGCAUGGAAAUGUGAAAUAUUCAUGA